UAUGAAUGGGAUGAAAGUGAGCUCUUCUUGUUCAAGUCAUCCAUUGCCUAUGCCAUGAGAAAAUACUUUGCAGAGGUGAAGCAAGAGGAAGUUAACUUCCAGGUUGCAGACAUUCACAUUGAGGAAAUGACACAAAGGAUCUCCUUCUACCUCAUUGUCAGCAUGCCAGGUAAUAUCAGUGAUAUUGUGCCCAGAGCUGAUGUGGAAAAUGCCAUCAGGAUGUCUCGGGGACGAAUCAACAAGGCUUUCAGACUGGAUGAUAACACGCUGGAGUUUGUGGGCAUACUUCCAACCCUGGCCACACCUUAUGAACCUCCAGUCACUGUCUGGUUAAUUGUAUUUGGGGUUGUCAUUAGCCUGGUUGUCAUUGGAGUUACUGUCUUGAUCAUCACUGGGCAGAGAAGACGAAAAAAGAGAGUGAGAGAAAGUGGGAGUGAAGAGGUGAACCCUUACAAUGUAGAGGGAGAAAGCAACGUGGGUUUUGAGCCAUCUGAAGAGAUACAGACAGCAUUUUAG